AUGGUCACCCUCCCCGUCACCUUCGGCACUCAGGACAACUACAGAACCAAGUCCACCAUCUUCGAGGUGGCGUCGUUCGAGACAUCUUAUCACGCCAUACUUGGGAGACCAGCUCGCGUCAAGUUUAUGGCGAUACCAAACCACACGUAUCUUCUACUGAAGAUGACGGCGCCGAACAGAGUCCUCUCCAUCCGAGGCGACAUCCAGACGUCUCACUCCUGUGAGACAGAGAACGUCAACAUCACCUCGGCCAUCGAGAAGACCAGGAACCAGGCCCUAGUCACCCAGGCGGCAAAGGACCCCCCCAGAAGGACCAGCUCCUGA